AUGGAAAAGACGUCGUCAUACUCCAACGCGGAAACCAGCAUCCAAGCGAAGACUACAACUGGAUCCAGCACAGCGGUUCAAAUCUCCAUGCACAGGCUCUCGAUCUUCACGAAACGCGUCCAUAACAAAUGCCACAUUGACGCAGGAUCUCUUACAGGAUGCUACUCCUGCUUCCAAGGAGCACGUGCCCAAAUAUCCUGCACAUCAACUCUAUCUGAAGAAACCGCCGAAAUUCACUGCGACAACCAGACUCAACUCGUCAAGUGCUCACCUUACGGAGUAAUUUCCAACGCAACCUUCCAUUUCUCAACUUCGUCCAUUAACAUCAAUUGCUCGGUAUUUUGCCCUGCAGGACAGUCAACAGUCACUCUUCGGGAACACUGGACUUACGUCAACGAACCGAUUCUUCAACGGACGUCGCUUCAACAUUUGGACACAUAUCGCGCAACAUCUACAGGAUUUUCUAUAAAAGACAUCCCAACCACAAUCUCUAAUUGGUUCACUUCAUUGACUGAUGUGUUCAAAUAUUGGAAAACUAUUCUACUCGUGCUCAUUGUAUUAAUCGUAAUUUUCAAACUACUUCGCUUAUUUCGGAAACGUUCAAUUGAGGCCACCUUCAUUAAAAAGAAACGAUAA